GCACAAGUUGUAUCUGCAACAUGAAAGUGUUCCUAACGAUUCUAGCUCUGGCUGUUGCCUCUGCAUCGGCAUUCGAGGAAGUCGUGCAUCCCAAGGAUGUGAAGGCGAGUAAGAUCGAGGGCCGCAUCACGAAUGGCUAUCCAGCCUACGAGGGCAAGGCACCCUACACCGUGGGCCUGCUCUUAAAUAAUGCCUGGUGGUGUGGUGGUUCCAUCAUUGGACACAACUGGAUCCUGACUGCCGAGCACUGCACGGGAAGUGCUGAGUUUGCGACUAUUUACUUUGGGGCCACCUGGCGCACCAAUGCCGUGUUCACCCACUGGGUACACCGGAACGAUAUGAUCAACCACCAUGCCGCCGACAUCUCUCUGAUCCGCAUUCCACAUGUAGACUUCUGGCAGCAGGUCAACAAGGUGGAGUUGCCCAGCUUCAAUGAUCGCUACAAUGACUACAACGGACACUGGGCCGUUGCCUGCGGCUGGGGUGGCACCUAUGAUGGCUCCCCUCUGCCCGACUGGCUGCAGUGCGUCGAUCUCCAGGUCAUGCACAACUCCGAGUGCGUCCAGACUUACGGUUCGGGUACUGUCGGCGAGAACAUCCUCUGUGUGAGAACUCCCGAUGGCAAGUCCACCUGCGGUGGAGACUCUGGUGGCCCCCUGGUUACACAUGACAGCAACAAAUUGAUUGGCGUUACCAACUUUGUGUCUAGUGCCGGCUGCCAAUCAGGUCAUCCAUCUGGAUUCCAACGUGUCACCUACCACUUGGACUGGAUCAACCAACACACUGGCAUCGCUUACUAAUAAACUGUCCCAUCUUAUAUCUAGCAAAAUAAACACUGUAUACAUAUUUGCAAGUGAA